AUGAACAACUCGCUGCCGCUCUGUCUCUCGUAUUUGACCCAUGCCAAGACUUUAACAUCUAUCAAGCAAGUCCACGCCAAUUUACUCAAGACUGGCUUUCACGCCGAUCGUUUGGUCGCCGGGAGGUUACUCCUUCACUGUGCCACGGCUCUCUCCGACUCUCUCGACUACGCUUGCUCACUCCUGCGCCACGCUCCGGACCCUGAUGUAUUCAUGUGCAAUGCCGUUAUUCGAGGGCUAGCGGAAUCGGAAAAUCCCGGGAAAGCCAUCUCUGCAUUUGUGGAGACGCGGAGGGAUUUCGGGUUGCCUCCGGAUAGCUAUUCGUUUGCGUUUGCUCUUAAAGCCGCUGCGAAUUUGAGGUCUUUCAGAGUCGGAACUCAGUUGCAUUGCCAAGCUUUGAGCCAUGGUUUUGAUAGCCAUCUCUACGUCGGGACUACUUUGAUAAGUAUGUACGGGGAAUGCCGGUGUGUUGGUUUAGCAAGGAAGGUGUUCGAUGAAAUGCGUGAACCAAAUGUUGUCGCGUGGAAUGCUGUGCUCACUGCGUGUUUGAGGGGAGAAGAUGUGAAGGGCGCGACAGAUUUGUUUGAUUUGAUGCCGUUCAAGAACUUGACAUCCUGGAACGUGAUGCUUGCGGGUUGCAUGAAGUCAGGGGAAGUAGAGCUAGCGAGAAAGGCUUUUUCUGAAAUGCCGAUGAAGGAUGGUGUCUCGUGGAGCACCAUGAUUGUUGGGUUCUCUCAGAAGGGCUAUUUUGAUGAGGCUUUUGGGCAUUUCAGGGAGUUGAGGAGAGUUGGGAUGACACUGAAUGAGGUGAGCUUGACUGGGGUGCUCUCAGCUUGUGCACAAGCAGGAGCCUUUGAGUUUGGAAAAAUCCUCCACGGAUUUCUUGAGAGAGCUGGCUUCCUUUGGAUGGUUUCUGUUAACAAUGCCUUACUGGAUACUUAUGCCAAGUGUGGCGACAUAGCAAUGGCUGGGCUAGUCUUUGAACGAAUGCCUCAGAAAAGAACCAUAGUUUCUUGGACCUCAUUGCUGGCAGGACUAGCAAUGCACGGUCAUGGAGAUGAAGCAAUUCAGCUCUUUCAUGAAAUGGCAUCAACUGGAGUAAUGCCUGAUGGAAUCAUCUUUAUUUCUCUUUUAUAUGCUUGUAGUCACACUGGAUUAGUUAAAGAAGGAUGUACCUACUUUGAUGAGAUGAGGAAUGUCUACAAUAUUGAACCAUCUAUUGAACAUUAUGGUUGUAUGGUUGAUCUAUAUGGUCGAGCUGGUCAGCUGCGGAAGGCAUAUGAAUUCGCAUGUCAGAUGCCGAUUCCAGCCAAUGCAAUUAUUUGGCGGACUCUUCUCGGUGCUUGCAGUUUUUAUGGGAAUAUUGAGUUGGCAGAGAAAGUGAAGCUAAAGCUUUCUGAACUAGAUCCCUACAACUCCGGUGACCAUAUUCUACUUUCAAAUGUUUAUGCAGUUGCAGAGAAGUGGAAAGAUGUUGCGGCUGUGCGACGAUCAAUGAAUGAUCUGAAAAUCCAGAAAACUCCUGGGUGGAGUAUGAUUGAGGUAGAUAAGGUCAUGUAUACUUUCUUGGCUGGUGUAAAGCAAGAUGAUAAGAUUGUAGUAGAGGCUUAUGAGAAACUGAAGGAGAUAAUGCUGAGGCUACGGUUGGAAGGAGGGUAUGCUCCUGAAGUUGGUAAAGUCCUUUAUGACAUAGAAGAAGAGGAAAAAGAAGACUCCAUAUCCAGUCACAGUGAAAAGCUUGCUGUAGCCUUUGGGAUUGGAAGAUUGUGCAAGGGAAAGAAGAUAAGAGUUGUCAAGAAUUUGAGGAUUUGCAGGGACUGUCAUGUCAUGAUGAAGUUGAUUUCUGAUGUUUAUAAUGUUGAGAUUGUUGUAAGAGAUAGAAGCCGUUUUCACUCUUUCAAGGAUGGGUUUUGUUCGUGCAGAGACUACUGGUGA